AGCUUUUUACUUCAUCUCGAGCACCAUGGCUCCAGCUCCUAUUGACCCCAGUAUAGUUGAUGUCGCCGAACCGCUGAAGCAAACCCUCCCGCUUCCACCAGCGUCUCGAGAGCGCCUGGAGAAGGCCGGAAUAGACCUGUCUGGGGGUUAUCCCUACCGCCCAUCCCGUCCGUUGUACAGAGACGACGUCUACAAGAUCCGCGACUAUGACCGGCCACAUGUGGACCCAGGCACCCGUGCAGAUCCAGAAAAGAAGGCGCUCUUGUCUGCAGCCAAAGAGGUCAUCCAUCUGACCAGGCACAUUGGCACAGAAAUCGUGGGAUUGCAGUUGAAAGACCUGACCGACCAGCAGAAGGACGAGUUGGGUUUGUUGAUUGCUGAACGCAGUGUUGUCUUUUUCAGGGACCAAGAUAUCUCGCCCCAGCAGCAAAAGGCGCUGGGUGAAUGGUUUGGUGAGAUUGAGGUUCAUCCACAAGUUCCUCAAGUACCUGGCGUGCCUGGUGUGACAGUCAUCUGGCCGGCUCUGCAGGCAAAGGAACGCCCUGCCAACUUCCGCCAACCUGGAGGAGCCUCCCGUUGGCAUACUGACCUGGUUCACGAACGCCAGCCUGCAGGUGUGACACACCUGCAUAACGAUACCAUUCCCAGCAUCGGGGGGGAUACGCUCUGGGCCAGUGGCUAUGCGGCUUAUGAGAAGCUGUCCCCCGCGUUCCGUAAAAUCAUCGACGGUAAGACUGCCAUCUACCGAUCUGCCCAUCCUUAUCUCGAUCGCAAUCACCCCGAGGAAGGUCCAAAGUACAUUGAGCGUGAACAUCCCCUUGUCCGCGUCCAUCCCGCUACGGGAUGGAAAGCACUGUGGGUGAACCGGGCAAUGACCGACCGCAUUGUCGGUCUCGACAAGGCGGAAAGUGAUGUCAUCUUGGGCUACCUGUGCGAUGUUUAUGAGAAGAACAUUGACAUCCAGGUUCGCUUCAAAUGGAGCCCUAAAACAAGUGCCCUGUGGGAUAACCGGAUUACCAUUCACAACGCCAGCUGGGACUACGAAGGCUCCGAGCCUAGACAUGGCACCAGAGUCACCUCGCUUGCGGAGAAGCCCUUCUUCGAUCCGAAUGCGCCGACUCGAAGGGAGAGUCUGGGAUUGCUGGAUGAUGCUGAAAAGGACGAAUUGGCCCGGGCUAACAACUGAGCCUGAUACAUAGCAACUUUUCUGAUACAAUGCGAGGCCAUGGCUUCGUGAGAGGCGGCUCUUAGCACUGGUGGCGAGCUUCGAGGACGCGACAGGUCUUGAUUUGCG